GGGGCGGGGCUUGGCGGCGCGCGUGCCCGCCCCCGCCGCGCCGUCGCGGCCGGAUGACGCCAUCAGCCAGCGCCCGGUUGCCGGCGGUCAUGGCAGCGGUGCUGGGACCGCAGGCGGAGGCGGAGGGGUGGCGGCGGCUGCUCCGCGCCGUGACCCGCCUGCAGGCCUGCGUCAGGGGUUACCUGCUGCGGAAGCGCUUUCGGAGCCUGCGGGCAGAGUACGAGGAGGUGGUGCGGGAGAUCGAAGGAGACCUGAGCCAGCUGGAGUGGAGGGGACGGUUCCUGCCGCGGCCCGUGUUUGUCCCCGAGAAGCCAACGCCAGGGAAGUGUUCAGGUCCGCGGGAGGCCGUACCGAGCGAUGAGGCCAGCGCGGAAAAACCGCAGGAGGAGCUGGACGCCUCUGAACCAGAACGGGACUGGGGCUGCAGCAGCGUGAAACCUAGAGCUCGUCUGCAAAGUGAGGAAGAACUGAACUCCGUGGGUGAAGGCGAUGUAGCGAGCCCCCCAAAUCUCGGGGCUGAUGCCGAUAAACACGCUGAAAAGGGGUGCAGUGCCCCAGCAGAGAGCGAGGACUGGCAGAACGACAGCAACGUAUCCUCUGUGUGGGACAGCGCUAUCCUGGAGGCAGAGUCCCUUGAAGCCUGCCUGGAAAUUCCACUUGAGGACAUAAAGGAGCUUCCUCGAACUCGGUCUGGUCUCCAGUCCUACAGAAAUCACUUGAUCAUGGAGUUGCUGUGGUUGCAACAAGCUAUUGUCAGCCGUAAAAACUACUUGAUGCUGAAACGGAGGCUGGGGACUCCUGACCCGUAGGAGGGCAUUCCCGAGCACGUGGGGCACUUGUAUGGGUGUGGAGAAGCAGUGGAGCUGCGGCACCGCAGUCGUGACAUGACCUCAUGGACAGCAGCAGCUUAGGGAACUCCAGCUCUGUGGGUUGACGUUUUCCACUUCAGAUGAACGUGGCAAGAAAGCCUUUUAUUUCUUUUAAAUGUGAAUAUUUGGUCAAAGCAAGGAUUAAACAUCGCUGUGAAGCCAGGGAGGUGGUUGUGUGUCCUGGAGGGAGUCCCAGGGAGGCCUCCUUCCACAAGAACCCUGUUUCUGUUGGCUAAGCUGGACGAUCGUAGGGGAAAAUCGAUGCUGGGAAGACUGUCACAUACAGAAAGCGCUUUCUGACCAGCUGAUUGCUUGUGGUGGAACUAAAGUGCCUGAAGGUAGCAAGUGCUUUGAACCUGCAGGAACAAGCUCUUCUCCACCGAACUGUGCGAGAUCCAUAUCGGCAUCCGAGCUGUGCAUUUGGGAUGGCUCUGCACGUCACAGCUCUGCAAUAUCUGGGAUCUCCAAGCGCUUGUGGUAGGCUUUGGGGAACACCUAGGUGAAGUACUAAGUUAGGAGGAGAGUUGCCUAACUUUCCUGUGCAGUUGGUGAGGAGUGAUGACACAUCAAACCUGACCUUCAGGAGAUGAGGCUUCGUUCCCGAUUUGCACGUCUCUGGCUGUGGUAAUCUCUCUCUGUGUGGCAGAGUCGUGUGGACUCGUGCUUGAGGGAGCAAGUAAGGACUUACGGGUUUGGGCUUCGUCUAUACGUUGCUCUAGUUCAGGGGCAUUCGAGGUCCCUCAGAAAGGGACUUUCCAUGUGGUGCUGUGGUCCCCUACUGUGACCCCGAGUCUUCUGUGCAAACGCCCUGCGUUCCUGCUGAUUGAACGGGCGCUCUUGCCAUACGGCAGAUGUAUCUUUCUGUUCCUGAUGAUGCUGACUUGUUUGUGAAUAAAAAGCCUUCCUGAAGCUCAUCUCUGAAUCUGUCUGUUCCUGUCUGCCUUGCCACCUUCUCCUGGGCAGAGCCAAGUGAGUCCACGGCCCUCUUCGACCCAUGGCAGCCUGUUCAGUGCAAAGGGCGGUGUGUGCGCCAGGAUGUGGAUGUUUGUCCAAUACACACAGGACGGAAACCCGUUGCAAUUCUCACGCAGGUAGCAAGCGAUGGCGAGGGAGUGACAGCUUCUGGAUAGCGCUGCUCUGGAUGGGAUGUGAGCUGCUGCCAUAAAGAUACUGGCAGUUACUGUACCUUCAAGCUUGUUAAUCUGAGCCUGGUGGCCGCAGUGGCUGGUGAGGGAGCUCGCAGUACUUGGCGUUUGAAGAUUAAAGAGCUGUGUGGUUCCUGGUUCUCAAAGAGAAAGGUGCUCUGCAGGUUGUUUGAUGUGGCCUCCA